AUGACUAAAAGGCGGGAAAACUCACCUCGACGAAAAGAAGACAAUGACAGUUAUGAAAGCCGUGCGCAACCAAACGGGAAACGCAGAAAAAUGGGUGAUAUUGCUUCUGAGAACAGCAGAGAUGCUGAUUGUCCUCAUUUACCAGCGGUGACUGCAAAGGUGAAGACACCGGUUCGUCGAAUAGAAGACACUGACAGCUGCAGUGACACUGAUGACACACCUAUUGAACCAUGCAAAAAGAGGAGAAAAAGGAGUCAUAGUGGUUCUGAGAGGAGCAGUGAUACUGAUUGCCCUCCACAGUUACCCGCAUUGACUGAAACAAGGAAGACUCCAAGUUGUCGAACAGAAGAAUCUGACAGCUGCAGUGACAGUGAUGAAAGCCCUAUUAAACCAUGCAGAAAGAGCAGCAGGUCGAAUAGUGGGGACUCUGAGAACGAAAGCAGUGACUCUGAUUGCCCUCUGAUAGUAUAUGCUGCAGUGCAGGGAAUUGUGGCUAAGAACAACAUGAGUUACCAUGACGAUGAGCCUGUUUGCGACGAUGAAGGAGAAGUCACUGGACACACAUCAAUGAGAUAUUCUAGGACUGAAAGAAAUAGGAAUAUUGUUAGGGUGAGUUGUCCUGAGACAGAAGGAACAGAACAGAAGAACAGAAGAAUCUGUUGUCGAACAGAAGAAUCUGACAGCUGCAAUGACAGUGAUGAAAGCCCUAUUAAACCAUGCAGAGAGAGCAGCAGGUCGAAUAGUGGGGACUCUGAGAACGAAAGCAGUGACUCUGAUUGCCCUGUGAUAGUAUAUGCUGCAGUGCAGGGAAUUGUGACUAAGAACGACAAGAGUUACCAUGACGAUGAGCCUGUUUGCGACGAUGAAGGAGAAGUCACUGGACACACAUCAAUGAGAUAUUCUAGGACUGAAAGAAAUAGGAAUAUUGUUAGGGUGAGUUGUCCUGAGACAGAAGGAGAAGGGGUAUCGGAUGAAGUUAGGAUUUUCUCUCGUCACUCCACUGCUGCUCCCACAACCGAGUCUGGUAAUAUUGGAGCGGAACCGAUGCCAUCAACAUCAUCUGGCGCUGCAGCUCACAAGUCACAAUGCCGUAAGGAUAAAGAGUCAGAGAACUGUCCGGCUUGUCCCAUUUGCUUGGAACAAUUUACCACACAGGAAGUUGGGACUAUAGACACUUGCGACCAUAUUUUCUGUGCGGACUGUAUCAAGAAAUGGGGACAAUGUGCCAAUACUUGUCCAGUUGAUCGACAGGUGUUUUCAAUCAUUAAUGUUCGACCCCAUCCAGGUGGAGAAAUUAUCACAGAGAUCCCUUUUGAAUCAAGAAGUCAACAACUCUUAUUUUGUCGUAUGUGUGGCGAUAGUGAUCAUGGAGAGCGCAUGCUUAUUUGUGAUGAAUGUAAUUUUGCCUUUCAUUUUACAUGCCUGGCGCCUCCUCUGAAUACUACGCAUUUGCUUGGAUGGACCUGCCCUUAUUGCGUCUACAGAUUCUUCUUUUCUGAUGUAAUAGAAUUCGCGUCUCAGUGGGUAGACAAUGAAAAUUUACCUGAAUAG